AUGAAAUGUACUUUAUCAAUUUUGGUUCUGUUUCAGUCAACGUCUGGAGUAAGCGUUAAUUCUGACGUUCAGCGGUCAUUUCAACGCCUUUCCGAUAGCAAAGAAUACAGAUAUAUUCUUUUCAAAAUAGAGGAUCGUGAGGUGGUCGUUGAAGCUGCAGUAGCUCAAGAUGAAUUAGAUCUUGCUGUGGAUGAUUAUGAAACAAAUUCGAAAGAAGCAUUUGGGCGAUUCGUAGAAGAUUUGAGAGAAAGGACGGAUAACUUCAAGGAUUGUCGAUAUGCGGUCUUUGAUUUCAAAUUUACAUGCUCGAGAGUUGGUGCAGGGACCUCAAAAAUGGACAAAAUUGUCUUCCUUCAAAUAUGCCCCGAUGGUGCAUCAAUUAAAAAGAAAAUGGUCUACGCCUCGUCAGCAUCAGCAAUUAAAGCAUCACUUGGUACUGAGAAAAUCAUUCAGUUUCAGGCAUCAGGUGUAAAAGUGGAUGCAAGUUGCAAGAAAGCUUACGAUGAAUUGCAUCAGAAGCACCAGCAUUCUUAUAUAAUAUUUCGAAUUUCGGAUGAUGAUACGACAAUUAUCGUUGAUAAAAUUGGCAACAAGAAUGCACCUUAUUCCGAAUUCGUCGAGGAAAUUCGGAAAAGUGUAGGUGAUGGUAAGGAAUGUCGUUAUGCUGCAGUAGAUGUUGAAGUGCAAGUACAGCGGCAAGGUACAGAUGCUGCAUCGCGGCUUACUAAAGUUGUUUUCGUGCAAUACUGUCCGGAUGAAGCGCCGGUACGUAGACGUAUGUUAUAUGCAUCCUCGGUUCGUGCUUUGAAAGCCACGUUGGGCUUGGAGAGUUUAAUGCAAGUGCAAGCAAGUGAUAUCUCAGAUAUCGAUGAGAAGGCAAUCAAGCAUGAAUUGAUGAGCCAUCAGCGUACCUGA